CCCCAGAUGUCAGGUCUUGCCUUAGAUUUCAACAACUUGUACUUGCUUAUGUCAAUUUCAACCAAUCACGAGCUGGUCCGAAAUUGGUCCUAAAAGUGGAUUACCAAUUGUCAAGUCCUGUCCUAGAUAAAAACAAAUUAAAACAAAACUCGAAUGGUGAAAGCGCAUUUGGUUGUAAGUGAGCUGUCAGAAAAAGGUCAAUUUGAAAUUUAGUUUGAAAUGUACACCUCGAAUGCUGUCUAUUGAGUUAUAAACUACAAAAAAACAUCAAGGCCAAUUUAGAGCAAAAAGCGAACGUUCCCUGUAAAUUGAUUUAAAUCAAUCGUCACAAGAAGCAAAAUGGAAUUUGGCUUUGACCGAGAGGCAACACUAAAAAAGGAAGAACUAGAAAACAGCACCGCAGUCUUUUCCUCGUCGCCCGCUCCAACAAUCGAUUCCCCAAUAAAACUCGAAUAUCAGAUUUGUGAUGAGGAAUUCACACAGAAAAGCGAUCUUCAUAAAGACGACUUAAUACCUAAAGGGGAGCAGGUCUAUAGUUGCGAAAUUUGUGGGGAACAAUUUUCAUUGAAGAAAGCCAUGAAGAAACAUAUGAUCGUUCAUACUGAAGACAAACAGUUUAAGUGUAAUGUCUGUGGCAAAGGAUUCCGAGAUUAUCAGCGCUUAAAGGACCACACAAAUAUUCACACUGGAGAGCGUCCGUACAAUUGCACUGCAUGCGAAAAAAACUUCUGGUCUAAAGAGAUGCUUGCUCGACACAUGCUCAUUCACACGAGCCAACGUUCGUUCAAAUGUAUUGUAUGCGGAAAAGAGUUUGCCAUUAAGGAUUACCUAACUAAACAUAUGUCUAUUCACCAAAAUGAGUGCAAAUAUAAGUGCGAAGUGUGUGGCAAAACCUUUUAUCGUAGUGCUAACUUGGAAAGACAUAAACGCAUUCAUACGAACGAGAAUAUUAAAUGCACAAUAUGCGGGAAAGAUUAUACCAAUGAGUAUUCUUUUAGCAGACACAUGAAAAUUCACGUGAAUGAUUACGAGCUUAAGUGUGAUGUGUGCGGCAAAGGAUUCACCUGCAAAUCACUUUUGAAAGAUCAUGAACUUAGUCACACAGGUGAACGGCCUUACAAAUGCACGGUAUGUGGAAAAGACUUUCGUCGUAAAAUGAAAUUUUCUCUACACAUGAAACUUCACACAAACGAGCGACCUUACAAAUGUGCCGUAUGUGGAAAAGAUUUCGUCGUUAUGGCUUACCUAACUAAACACAUGUCUAUUCACCAAAGUGUGUACAAACAUAAGUGCGAAGUGUGUGGCAAAGCCUUUAAUAAUAGUGGUAACUUCGCGACACACCAACGCAUUCAUAUGAACGAAAAGUUCAAAUGCACCGUAUGCGAAAAAGAUUUCUCCAAUAAGUAUUCUUUUGGCAGACACAUGAAAAUUCACGUGGAUGGUUACAAACAUAAGUGUGAUAUGUGCGGCAAAGGAUUCAUCAGCAAAUCAGUUUUGAAAGACCACGAAAAUAGUCACACAGGUGAACGACCUUACAAAUGUACUGUAUGCGGAAAAGACUUUCAUAGUAAAAUUAAUCUUUCUGUACACAUGCAAAAUCACACAAGCGAGCGACCGUACGAAUGCACCGUAUGUGGGAAAAAUUUCGUUUUCAUGUCUUACCUAACUAGACACAUGCGUUUUCAUACGAAUGAUUACAGGCAUGAGUGUGAUGUGUGUGGCAAAGGAUUCAUGACCAGAUCACUCUUGAAAGACCACGAACACAGUCAUACAGGCGAGCGACCAUACAAAUGUACCGUAUGUGGAAAAGAAUUUGCUCUUAAGGGUUGUUUAAUUCAACACAUGUAUACUCACCAAAGUAAGCACAAAUAUAAGUGUGAAGAAUGUGGCAAAGCCUUUCAUAAUGGUGCUAACCUGGUGAGACACAAAAGCAUUCAUACGAACGAGAAGUUUAAAUGCACCAUAUGCGAGAAAGAUUAUACCACUAAGUAUGAUUUCAACAGACACAUGAAAAUUCACGUGGAUGGUUACGAGCAUAAGUGUGAUGUUUGCGGCAAAGGAUUUAUCUCCAAAUCACUUUUGAAAGACCACAAACAUAGUCACACAGGUGAACGUCCCUACAAAUGCACAAUAUGCGGAAAAGACUUUCAUCAGAAAAGAAAUCUUUCUUUACACAUGCACCAUCACACAAGCGAGCGACCGUGCAAAUGCACUGUUUGUGGAAAAGAUUUCGCCAUUAGGUGUUAUUUAACCAGACACAUGCGUAAACAUACAAAUGAUUAUGAGCAUAAGUGUGAUGUGUGCGGCAAAGGAUUCGUUUCCAAAUCACUUUUGAAAGACCACGAAAAUAGUCAUACCGGUGAGCGGCCUUAUAAAUGCACCGUAUGUGGAAAAGAUCUCGCCACUAUGGCUUACCUAUACAAACACAUGCGUAUUCACACUGAUGAUAAGUAUGAGUGUGAUGUUUGUGGCAAAGGUUUCGCGACUACUACUAACCUAUCCAGACACAGGCUUAUUCACGAAAGUGAAUGCAAGUACAAGUGUGAAGUGUGUGGCAAAGGCAUGAAUGAUAGUUCAAGCUUCGCAAAACACAAACGCCUUCAUACGGACGAGAAGUAAAGAAUUACCACUAAGCAUCAAGAUGAAUGAUCACGAACACAUUUAUACAGGGCAGUGACGGUACUAAUAUACUUUCUCGGCUAAUACUGUGUGGAACUCACUCGAAAAGUCAAACCACUUAUCACUGAUCGAUUUCAUUUAAAUGAGAUAUUGCUAUUUCUGUACUUACCAACAUAAUUGUAAAAUACAUUGAGUAUUCAAAUAACAGUGUUGAAUAUUUUUAUUUUAAACUUGCUUGCACUUUAAUACUGCAAAACAUAUUAACAGAUUUACCCAUUAGCAAACCCUUCUGUCCGGGUUUAAAGGGUAAGGUGGAGCAAGACUGCCAGACGAGCAAGUGUUCCUUCCCAUCAUUUUUACAUAGAAAGAACAUUUAUUCACAAUAUAAAUAUGAGAUCUUACAAAAUAAGAGUUUUCAACAUAGCAAUUAAACAUAUCGACCAGCAGGAGGUUGUGUUGGUGAAUCA